UUUUGUCUGCUCACUAUCGAUCAUAACCUGAACGCAUCAUGAAAACUCCAUCUUUUGACGCAUUAAAGAGAAAGCCAGAUAAACUGAGAGUUCAAAAUUGCUAAUACUAAGAUAAACUACCAAGUCUCAGGAUUUCUCCAAACGAAAACUGAAACUAAAACUGACAGUGAUAUUGUGUUUCGAAGGCCGCCAGACGCGAACAUUUAAGGUCGUUAAUUCUGAGCGAGAGGCACUGCAAUGCUUCGCGUUUUUAUCCUAUCAUCUUUAGUACUACUGACUCCAGGUGAUGGAGUCAUGGUUGGUGCUCCAAGAAAAAUUGAGGCUUCUAUGGAAAGUUUCGGUGACAAGUUGGCCAAGAUAACUCAUAAAUUUAAUAGUAAGCAUGGAAAUCACAGUCUUCACAUUAUAACGAAGUUGAUAAAUGCAACAUCCCAGGUUGUUAGCGGAAUCUUCUAUACGUUUUACGUUAGAUUUUCCCCUACAUCUUGCACAACUUUAACUGAUGAUAACAAUCAUGUUCUCAAUGACGUUACCGCUAAUCCUAAUUCUUGUAACUCAGUAGAUGGAAAGAGUCAGAUUUGCAAAGCGACUGUAUGGCAAAGACCAUGGCUUCAACUUAAUAAUUCUGAAAUCGUCAGCAUAGUUAGCUGCUCCAUGGAUACAAGUUGAAUUGCUUUCCAGUUUUAUUCUGUAACAUCUUUUCAUUCAGAAAUGUUGAUCUGAGUAUUAAUAUUUCUUUAUUCGCAUACCGCAGUUUAUCUGUUUUUCAUUCAUUUGUUCAAUUUGUCUGAUUUACCAGCUGAUCUUUCACUCCAUUUUGAUUAUUUACUAUCAUACCUCAUAGUUGCUUCUAAUUUUUAUCUUGUAUUGUAUAUUCUAGUCAAGUAUAUACAAUUUUGAUCUAGUAAUACUUUGCGUUAGUUUGUUUCUAGCUUCUUACAUGAGCGCUACUGAAAAACAGUUUUAGUUUUUUUGCACGCGGGGACAAUAUUCUUUUACUAGUAUCUUUUAGCUGUUAUUACACGUUAUAAUAUUCCAUAUUGAAUAUGGUAUUACUGUUCUUGUGCUUGUGUGAAACUGCUUGGGAACUAGCUAUUACUGACUGGUAGGUUGUAAACUAGAUUUUCGCUUCUAUUUGGUCUUUAAUGGUCUUCUUAUACCUAACAGCAAUAAGUAGGUUUUAAUGUUGUUUGUCUUAUUGGUACAGUUCGUAAUCAGAACUUAUCGUAUUUCCACAGGAAAUAACCUGUCGUGUACUACACUAUUGACCACUACCAUUCUAAAUGUUUCGACUACAAUUUACUCUUGCUUUUAAGAUUUUUAAUACUCACCAUUCUUGAAGAUAUUAACUCCUAAAGAUCAGGUGUUGUGGCCACUAGUGUCUAAUAGUCCAAAACUAAUUGCAAUUUUUAAAUCAAAAACAGCCCG